AUGACUCCACUCACAGGCUAUGAAGCCAACUCCAACAGAGUGGCAGUGAACAAGGUCAGCAUGCAUCCACUACAACCUGUCAUGACUCCAUUCACCAACUAUGAACCAAGGUCCAACAGAGUGGCAGUGAACAUGGUCAGCAUGUAUUCACCUACACCUGCCAUGACUCCACUCACUUCCUAUGGACCCAAGUCCAACAGAGUGACAGUGAACAUGGUCAGCAUGCAUGUACCACCUCUUUCCAUGACUGCACUCACAAACUAUGAACCCAAGACCAACAGAGUGGCAUUGAACAGGGUCAGCAUGCAUCCACCACUACCUGCUGUGACUCCACUCACAGGCUAUAAACUCAUGUCCAACAGAGUGGCAGUGAACAUGGUCAGCAUGCAUCCACAACCACCUGCCAUGACUCCACUUACUUCCUAUGAACCCAAGGCCAACAGAGUGGUAGUGAACAUGAGUGGCAGUCAAAAUGAGUGGCAUGUGAAGAUGGUCAGCAUGCAUCCACCACAACCUGCCAUGACUCCACUCACCAACUAUGUCCCCAAGUCCAACAGAGUGGCAGUGAACAUGGUCAGCAACCAUCCACCACAACCUGCUGUGACUUCACUCACAAACUAUGAACACAAGAACAACAGAAUGGUGGUGAACAUGACCAACAGAGUGGCAGUGAGCAUGGUCAGCACACAUCCACCACCACCUGCCAUGACUUCACUCACUUUCUAUGAACCCGAGUCCAACAGAGUGGCAGUGAACAUGUCCAGCAAAGUGGCAGUGAACAUGAUCAACACGCAUCCACCACCACCUGCUGUGAUUCCACUCACUUCCUAUGAACCCAUGUCCAACAGAGUGGCAGUGAAUAUGGUCAGCAUGCAUCCACCACAACCUGCCAUGACUCCACUCACCAACUAUGUCCCCAAGUCCAACAGAGUGGCAGUGAACAUGAGUGACAGUGAAGUGGUGAGGAUGCAUCUACCACCACCUGCCAUGACUCUACUCACUUUCUAUGGACCCAAGUCCAACAGAGUGGUAGAUGGCAUAAUCAGCAUUCAUCCACCACCACCUGCCAUGACCCUGCUCACCAACUAUGAACCCGAGUCCAACAGAGUGGCAGUGAACAUGUCCAGCAAAGUGGCAGUGAACAUGAUCAACACGCAUCCACCACCACCUGCUGUGAUUCCACUCACUUCCUAUGAACCCAUGUCCAACAGAGUGGCAGUGAAUAUGGUCAGCAUGCAUCCACCACAACCUGCCAUGACUCCACUCACCAACUAUGUCCCCAAGUCCAACAGAGUGGCAGUGAACAUGAGUGGCAGUCAAGUGGUCAGCAUGCAUCCACCACCAUCUGCCAUGCCUCUGCUCACUCCCUAUGGACCCAAGACCAACAGAGUGGCAGUGAAGAUGGUCAGUAUGCAUCCACCACAACCUGCCAUGACUCCACUCACUUUCUAUGAACCCAGGUCCAAUGAAGUAGCAGUCAAGAUAGUCAGCAUGCAUCCACCACAACCUGCAAUGACUUCACUCACUCUCUAUGAAUCCAAGUCCAACCAAGUGGCAGUGAACAGGGUCAGCAUGCAUCCACCACAACCUGCCAUGACUCCACUCACCAACUAUGUCCCCAAGUCCAACAGUGUGGCAGUGAAGAUGUCCAACAGAGUGGCAGUGAACAUAGUCAGCAUGCAUCCACCACAACCUGCCAUGAUUCCACUCACUUCCUAUGAACCCAAGUCCAACAGCAUGGCAGUGAAGAUGGUCAGCAUGCAUCCACCACCAUCUGCCAUGACUCCACUCACCCACUGUGAACCCAAGUCCAACAUAGUGGCAGUGAAGAUGAGUGACAGUGAAGUGGUGAGGAUGCAUCUACCACCACCUGCCAUGACUCUACUCACUUUCUAUGGACCCAAGUCCAACAGAGUGGUAGAUGGCAUAAUCAGCAUUCAUCCACCACCACCUGCCAUGACCCUGCUCACCAACUAUGAACACAAGUCCAACAGAGUGACAGUCAAGGUGGUGGCAGUGAACAUGAGCAGCAGUGAAGAAGGACAGUAA